GGCGAAAAAGUUCCUACUUAUUAAGCUUUUCGAGGGUCUGUAAUGUUUAUGUAUUCAUCAUAUUUACUAUGAUAACCCACAUAGUGCACUAAAAUACGCUGUGGGUCUAUAAUUUCUUUAACAAUGCCUUCUAGCCAUUAUUUAGAUGAUUAAUGGUAAACAUCUAAUCGAUUAUUUAUGUUGAUUUUAUUUCCGAAUUUCCAUUAUUUGAGAACUCGAGGGGAAUCAAAAGGCAAAAAUUCAUCGUAUUUUUAAGACCAGCCACUAUAAUGGACUUUUAUGACAUUAUUUUAUCUAUUAAUGGAUACUAUUUCGGCAUUUAACCAUUUUUUUACUGUAUCUUGACAGUCUAUAUUUUCUCCUAUGUAAAAUUUAGGAGGAUUAAUACUAACUGUUUCUUAUUUUUAUUCUUCUAUAUGAGCACCUUCGGGAUAAAAGUCGGUAUUUAUUUAUACUUAUUAUUAAAUAGAAUCUUCGAAAUUUAUAUUAUUGUUAUUUUAUUUUUGUGAAAGAUUUUAGUCGUUUGAGUCUUAU